AUCUGUGCGCCAUCAGCAGGAGAAGGACCCUUGAGUUCGUAACGCGCCGGAAGUUUAUGGGGGUAUCAGCGGGAGACGAAUUCUACUAAGGGUAAUAGAAAAUCUGAAAACUUCCAAGGAUUGCUACAGUUGAAUCUGUAUUAUAAUGGCCUCUUUAAGGGUGCCCGUCAUUGAUGUCCAGGAAGACAAUUUCAAGGAGCUGUGGCCAUCCAUGCUCUUGGCUAUCAAAACGUCUAGCUUUAUUGCUGUUGACACAGAACUUAGUGGGCUUGGAACAAGGAAGAGUUUGCUGAAUCAGUGCAUUGAAGAACGAUAUAAAGCGGUUUGCAAUGCUGCUAAAACACGCUCUAUUUUGUCUCUUGGAGUUGCUUGUUUUAAACACCUUCCUGACAAGAUGGAGAACACAUAUCUUUCCCAAAUCUACAACAUGACCUUGCUGUGUAUGGAUGAUUAUAUAAUUGAGCCACAGUCAGUCCAAUUCCUGGUGCAACAUGGCUUUGACUUCAACAAGCAAUAUUCUCAGGGCAUUCCAUAUCAUAGGGGCAAUGAUAAGGGAAAUGAAAAUCAGAGCCAAUCAAUUCGUACUUUUUUCCUGGAAAUAAUUCGAGCAAGAAAACCUAUCAUUCUGCACAAUGGCCUAAUUGAUUUAGUUUUCCUCUACCAAUGCUUCUAUGCCCACUUACCUGACAAUCUGGGCACUUUCACUGCUGACCUUUCUGAGAUGUUCCCAGCUGGCCUCUAUGACACCAAAUAUGCCUCAGAAUUCGAGGCACGUUUUGUAGCGUCUUACCUAGAGUAUGCCUAUAAGAAGUGCAAACGAGAAAACUUCAGGUUGAAAGAUUCUAAGAAACCAUAUCUCAGCAUAGAAUUCUGCAACUAUCCUGCCAGCAUAGAUGCCUAUGUUGAAUAUCGGUUCUGCUCUCUGCCUGAUGUCAGCCAGGCUCAAACUGACAGCGCUAACAAAAUUGUCAUCUGUCAACCAUUUUCGGCUUAUGGCUGGUGCCCAGAUGGGCUGAAAUGUACACAAUCUCACAAUAUUGAUCUAAUAAUUAAUGAAGAUGAGAAUCAGAAAGAGGAGAAGCGGAAGACAAGAAAACAGAAAUGGAAACGGCGGAAGAACUUAGCAGAGUCGACAAAAGAAGUUGAACUGAGCAGCCCCAUGAAUGAUGUAAAGUUAGCUUGGAAUAAGGAAAAAGGUUCCCCUUCCAAACAGUCCUGCCCUAUUAACUUGAUUGUUCCUAUUGUAGAUAAUGCAGAUGCAGAAAGAGCAUCUGGUAAUGGGGAGACUUCAAUGGAUGUGGAACAAGAACUAGUUUCCAACAGUGCAGUUGAUGCCAGUGUUGAUGGCAAUGUUGCCAUUGCCUUAGACAAUGGGAAUGUCAUUUCUUCACCAUUCAAAGACUUCCAGCAGGAAAAGCCAAUAGGAAGUGAAGGAACAGAGCCAAAAGCCCAGUUACAGAGUGAUUCUGCAGUGACUUCUUUGCCUGUUACAGAUAAUGUAGCACCAUCUAACUGUUCACGAGGGAGUAUUCACCGGGCUGGCUUUGAUGCUUUCAUGACAGGUUACAUAAUAGCAUACAUCCAGAUGCUCAGGAAUGAUAAACAGAGAGACUCAAAUGAUGGGCCUUGGUUACCAGACUGCCAUAACAAAUUGUAUCUUAGUGGAAAGUCUGUGCCUCUUCAGAUUGUGAAAAGUUUGUUUUCUAAAUCUUCCAAAGCCCACAACCAAAAGAUGAAAUUGGCAUGGGACAGUAGUUAGAAGCAAACACCGUAUCGUUCAGGAUCACAGAUAAUGCUAUUAUUAUCGUUUUCUUGAAGCCGCAGCCCUCAAACCAGAGCUGCUAUAGAGACAUUAAUAAGACAUGAUAGAAUAUGUGUAGCAGCCUGAAUAUGGAUUUAUUUUUAAAUGUUUGUAAAAUUAUGUAUUAAAUUUUCCCAUUGGGGAUAGAAUCUUUA